UUUUUCUCAAAUGGCCGGAAGAUAUCAAAGGUGCCUUUGAUCAAGAAUGCAGAUAACCUUUCAUGAGUGUAUCAUCUGGCAUUUGGAGCUGAUGUGCCCGCAGUUUUGUUUUGGCCUAGGAGCAGGAUAAACUAACAUCUGCUUCCAGAGAAUAUAAUGUGGAAACUAAACAUAAGACCCGUGACUUAUAUCUUAAUCUCCUUUUCUCUCAGCAACUAUUAUUUUACUUUUGGAAACAUAAGAAAGUAACCACCCUGCCAUAAAAUGUUAAGAACUAAAGUUCGAAUUCACACCUGUAAAGUUAUUCUAAUCACAUCACUAGUAUGGGUAUUAAUAGAUGUAAUUUUGUUAACAUUUUACUCUGACUGUAUCGGGCCAGGUUGCAAUAGUAAUGGUAACAAUAACUUUGUCACCAAUAAUCUCAACAAUGAUGGAAUUGAUAAUGCUCUCCGAAGACGAUCAAUAGAUAAUGAAAUCAAAAAUGAAGAGUCAAAUGGUCACCAUAAAGAUUCAGAUGAUAGAUUUUCUAAUAGAGAACAAUCAAAAGUAGUUAUCUCUGCGAACAAAUCAAAGCGACUAAGGUCAUGGAAACCUGCCCCUCCGGUUACUCCGCACAAAAAACUACCUGGAGAGCUAGGAGAAGGUGUGCAUGUCAAAAACGAUGAGCUUGCGAAAGAAAAGUUCAAAUUAAACCAGUUCAACAUUAUUGCCAGUGAUGCCAUAGCCUUGAAUCGCUCUCUAAAAGAUGUUCGCUAUGAAAUGUGCAAACAUAAAAGAUAUCCCGCCAAAUUACCAUCCACAAGCAUUGUCAUUGUUUUUCAUAAUGAGGCUUGGUCUACUUUGCUACGAACUGUUUGGAGUGUCAUCAACAGAUCACCCAGGGAAUUAUUAGAGGAAGUUAUUCUAGUUGACGAUGCUAGUGAAAGAGAUCAUCUUGGUAAAGAACUGGAUGAUUAUGUUGCCACCCUCCCUGUGCCUGUCAAGGUUUUAAGAACACCUAAACGCUCUGGACUAAUACGAGCUAGAUUACUAGGUGCAAAGCAUGUUGAAGGUAGUGUCAUCACAUUCCUGGAUGCCCAUUGUGAGUGUGCGGAAGGCUGGUUAGAGCCAUUGCUUGCACGAAUUGCUCUAAAUAGAAAAACAGUUGUCUGCCCAAUAAUUGAUGUAAUAUCAGAUGAAACAUUUGAAUAUAUCACAGCAUCUGACAUGACUUGGGGCGGAUUCAAUUGGAAACUUAACUUCAGAUGGUAUCGGGUACCUCAAAGAGAAAUGGCGCGCAGGAAGAACGACCGCACUGCUCCUCUACGAACUCCAACAAUGGCUGGUGGAUUAUUCUCUAUUGACAAAGACUUUUUCUAUGAACUUGGAGCUUACGAUGAAGGAAUGGACAUCUGGGGUGGCGAAAAUCUAGAAAUGUCUUUUAGGGUGUGGCAGUGUGGUGGCAUCCUAGAAAUAAUUCCAUGUUCUCACGUGGGUCAUGUUUUUCGUGAUAAAUCCCCCUACACUUUCCCUGGCGGUGUUUCAAAAAUUGUUUUACAUAACGCUGCUCGUGUUGCUGAAGUUUGGAUGGAUGAGUGGAGAGAUUUCUAUUAUGCAAUGAAUCCAGGUGCAGGGAAUGUUGAUGUUGGCGACUUAACUGAGAGGAAAGAACUGCGGAAACGUUUGCAGUGCAAAUCAUUCCGAUGGUACCUAGAGAACAUUUAUCCUGAAUCUCAGAUGCCUUUAGAUUAUUAUUAUCUUGGAGAGAUUAAAAAUGCAGAAACAGAGAACUGCUUGGAUACCCUUGGGCACAAAAGUGGAGAAAAACUUGGCAUGAACUACUGUCAUGGACUUGGCGGAAACCAGGUCUUUGCCUACACAAAACGCGCUCAAAUUAUGUCUGAUGAUAACUGCCUUGAUGCAGCUCGUAAUGAUGGCCCUGUCAUGCUCAUACGCUGCCACGGAAUGAAGGGUAAUCAAGAGUGGCAUUAUGACACAGAGACUCAAGAAAUAACUCACGAAGCCACAAAGCAAUGCCUGCAGAAGCCAUCGCCAAGUGAUACAUCAAUCCCAUUGUUAAGGAAUUGUGAUGGGUCACUCGGACAAAAAUGGACAAUGCAGAGGAAUUUUCGGUGGCAAGCAAGUACAUCACAGAGCAAUUUCCAGUGGCAAGCUAGUUAAUACAUUCCACUUAAACUGUAGUUAAUCGGGCUGUGAAUCCUCUCUUCUACUUUUAAUGUUCAAUUUUCUAUUUAAAUACCAUGUUUUUGCCAUUAUCCUGCAAUUAGGUACUCAGUAAUACUCCUGAAAUAUUGUUAUAUUUUUUUUUUUUUUAAUUUUUUUUUCUAUAGGUUUUUUUUUUUUUUUUUUUCGUAAUUUAAUUAGCGCUCAAAUAUUUUGCAAGGAUAAGUCGCAACAUAUUUUGAAUAUUUCGUGCAUUUUGUUGAUUUUUGUUACUCUUAAAUAUCAUGGAUGUACUAAUUCCUGAAUGGUUGAACAGAGCUUCAAGUGCCUUUAAUUUUUAUUUAGUUUUAAUUUGUAUUUGUCGGGUAAAUUUACUCUUGACUUACUGAAGACUUGCUAUGUAUUCAGUUAGAACCUAUGUAAAUUUCAGUAAGAACAAAUGUACUCAUAGAAAAUAUAACAGAGCUUCAUAAUUCGUACGCAAAAUUGAAGAUGAAGAUGAAGAUGUGUUAAAAUAUAGCCUUAAAAGAAAAAUGUAAGUUACACCUCAAGGAAGAUCUUAAUUUGCUAACUAGGGAGUGUUUUGAAAGCUUUAACCACAGGGCAAACUUCUGCUGAAAUGUUUCAACAGAUGUCAAGAAUAUCCUCAUCACUUGGUUUCACCACACAAGCCUUAGCUGUGCUGAAAAUUUGUAUUAAACUGAUUCAACCAAGUUCGCUAAACUAACUCAACUGAAACUGCAAAAAUUUGCCUUUGUGGCCAAAACCUUCGUAUUUCCACCUGAUUUCUCAUUGAACUCAAAACUUUUUUUCAUCAUGUAUUAUUUGUGUUGACAAGAAGAAAUUAAUAGUAUCUCUACAAAUAGUAAUUAAUGAAACAUUUAAUUCUUGUUCAGAAAUCUUCAUGAAAAAGAAUGUUUGCAAUUUUCUAUUAUCAUAUCGUAGAGGCUGCAAAUCUUAUUUGAUAAGUGUCUCAAUUUUUAUUUGCUUUUUAAAUCAAAUUUGAUGAAUUGCAAUCAAGUAAACAGCAAAUUCAAUACUUAGUCCAUACAUUGGUCUAAAAGAAGAAAGAUUAGCAAAGCUGAGAUUUCUUCAAGUGUAUGAAGUGCAAUGUUGAUCCUUGCAUUUAUAUCUCUCCCAUUAGGGUUUUACAGAAUUUGAAACUUUGCCUACCUUUGUACAAGUGAUUAUU